AUGAAACUUCUGUUACGUGUCACUUUCAAAGAUAUGCUUGUUGCAAAUUCAAUUGGGAUCUCUUUGGCUCAAAAACUGUCGAGAGGAGAUCGGUCAGCAUUUGUUUUGGCAAGGUGGUGUAAACUUGGUGGAGCAAUUGACACCUCUGGAUCUGAUUUGGGGCCAGGAGUCAUUGAUUACUUUAUAAAACAGAAUGUGUCUGUCAAUGGUCACUAUGAGACCUGUAUUUUAGCUGCAGUGCGUUGGUUUCAAGAACAUCCCUCAAGACACUCCCUGGGAGCUCCAGUCGAGGUCUGGUGUAAAGACCUCUUUGAACGUGAAGGGGAUGCCACCUUUAUACCAGUACAGAGAAUCCAUGGAAAGUUUAUUCCAGCAAUAGAUCUUAUCAAUGGUGAGCAUGUUCUUGUAGUGUGCCCUCUUGCCUGCAAACUGCAAUGUUGA